AUUUGCCCCCAUAGUCCCGGCGCUUAAUAAAAGCGUGGAGAAACUAAAGGGGAAAAAAAAAAAGAGGAGGCGAGACCUAAUUUCCCAAAGAAAAAAAAAGAAAAACAAAAUCCCAUCUCCCACCGCCGCCGCAGCCCACCACCAGCCGCCGCCUCGGCCGCGAGAUCGCCGGCCGCCGCCAUGUCGAAUCCGGCCGCCUACUACGCCGCCGUCGCGCGGAAGCAGUACUUCUGCUACCAAUGCAACCGCACCGUCCUCCUCCCGGCCUCCGCCGCCGCCGCCGGGGCGCUCUCCUGCCCGGAGUGCCGCGGGGAUUUCAUCGAGGAGGUCAACGUCCCCGCCCCCGCCAUCAUCCCCUUCCCCUUCGCCUUCCCCCCGAUGAUGCCCACCGCCACCUCCGCCUCCGCCGCCGCCGCCGCCGCGGCCUCGCCGACCCAGUCCUCCUCCUCGUCCGCCGCCACGUCGCCAUCCAGCGACCUCUCCGCCUUCCUCAACAGCAUGCUCGGCCCGCUCAACCUCCGCACCGACGAGCGGAUGCCGGGAACCACCUCCGCCGCGGGCACGGCGACCCCCGAGGACGAGCCCGACGGGUUCGACGCGGUCACGUUCUUCCAGAACUACCUCCAGAAUCUCAUGGACGGCGGCGCCAACAUCCAGGUCCUCCUCGACGACGCCAGCGUCGGCCUCGCCCCCGGCAUCGGCCGCGUCGGCGGCGCCAGCUUCGGGGACUACUUCGUCGGCCCGGGCCUGGAGCAGCUCAUCGAGCAGCUCACCGAGAACGACCCGAACCGCUACGGCACGCCGCCGGCGGCCAAGUCGGCUCUCUCCACGCUCCCCGAUGUCGUCGUGACCGACGCCAUGGUCGCCGCGGCGGAUGGCGCCGAGUGCGCCGUCUGCAAGGAGGAUUUCUCGCCUGGGGAAGGGGCCAAGCAGAUGCCCUGCAAGCACAUUUACCACGCCGACUGCAUCAUGCCAUGGCUGGAUCUCCACAAUUCAUGCCCCAUAUGCCGCUUUGAGCUGCCUACUGAUGACCCUGAUUACGAGGGGCGUAAGAAAUCAAACCCACAGCCAACUGCUGGCGUUGAUGCCGGAGCUGCAUCUGGGAGUUCUACUGCUGCUGAGGAGCGAGAGGAGAGUGGGGAGAGUGCGAGGUUGGUCGAACGGCGGUUUAACGUGUCGCUGCCAUGGCCUUUUAGUGGAUUGGGAUCGCAAACGCCGCAGCAGGAUGGGAGCAAUGGGGGCGCUGGUGCCAGUGGCUCGAAGGAUGGAGGCGCAUCCAGUGACAAAAAAUAAGCAUAAAUGUGCGAUUGAUUGGAGGUUUUCCUCUUGGAUCUGGCGUUCAAAGGUCUACAAUAUUUAUGUGUCGCUGCCACUUAUAUACUAUAGACAUCAAAAGACCAAAGAAAUUUACAGUCUUUUUAUCCGCUGGAACAAUUGUUCAUUCUUGUUCUCGCUGCCCGUUAGGUCAUGUACACAAGGCACGGAAACUGCCGAGGCAGGAAACGUGCGUUGGGAGUUUGAGACUUUUAUGUGUAGAUUUGUUAAUUAAAUUCAUCAAAGUACCAAACUUGGAGCAUUCCUGCGUC